AUGUGUAUAGUCACCCCUUUGAAUCCUGUUUCAAAAGCUUGCAUAGUGUCAAACCUAACCACUGAUUUACUCAGACCGCAUUGGACCGAUGGCCGGAACCCUAUUAAUUCCUAUCCGAACUCGCCAUUUGGAACCCGGUUUCUACUAUCAACCGCACCUAAAUCUUUGGAUCAAUCUUUUCCUAAAGAUGUUAGAGGUGUUGCGGGGUUUUCAUGGUCUGGUUUGUGUCUUCCACAUCAGCUUGCGUCUACUGGCGUUACUAACGCUGCGAAAUUCGCACUUUGUCUACCGAGCUCUUCAUCGGCUCUUGGUGUCACAUUUGUGGGUGAAGGGCCUUUUUAUUUUAAAACAAACCCUAAUGUUGAUCUUAGAAGCUAUCUUUCGUACACUCCGAUGAUUCAAAAGAGUUCCAAAUCGCUUGGAUAUUAUAUUAAGAUAAACCGGAUCUUGAUCAAAGGGACACCGGUUAAUUCUGUACCGAAAGGUGGUUCGGUGAAGAUGAGUACUAUAGUUACGUACACAACUCUCAAAAGUGAUAUCUAUAAAGCUUUGGUUGCAAGUUUUUCAAAUGCUACGGCUGGCAUUCCUCAAGUAACCGCGGUUAAACCGUUUGGUUUGUGUUUUAAAGAUGGUGCGCUUGGGUCUGGUAGUGUUCCGAAGAUUGAUCUUGAGAUGAAAAGUGGGAAGAUAUGGAAUGUUUCCGUAGAGAAUUCGAUAAAGCGGGUAGGGUAUGGCGUAGCUUGUCUAGCGUUUGUGGAUGGUGGUUCGAAAGUGACGGAUCCGAUAGUGAUUGGGACGUUUCAGAUGGAGAAUAAUUUCUUGUACUUUGAUUUGGUGAAUCAGAAGCUGGGGUUUAGUUCAUCGUUGUUGUCUAGAGGAACCUCUUGUAGCAGCUUCAACUUCAAACUAGUUGCAAACUAA